AUGUCUUCUCUCAAGGUUCUCAUUGCUGGAGCAGGCAUCGGCGGCCCAGCUGCAGCGUUCUGGCUCUCGCGCAUCGGCUGUGAUGUUACCGUCGUGGAGCGUAACCCCACGCUUCGGGCAACCGGGCAACAAGUCGAUCUGAGCGGACAGGGGAUUGUCAUAACAAGAAUGAUGGGCAUAGAAGAUGCUCUGCGGGCCGCUCGAUGCCCCGAGCCUGGGAUGCGGUUCGUCGAUUAUCAAGGCAAAACAAAAGCCUUCUUUCCGGUCGACACCAGCGGUAAGGCCGCAUACAGCCCGACACACGAGAUCGAAGUGAUGCGCGGAGACCUCGUCAAUAUUCUCUACGAUGCGACUAAGAACCUUGGAGGGGUGAAAUACCUGUUCGACUCUCACGUCAAGCACUUUACUCAGGACGAGGGAUCAUCGGGCGGGAAGGUUCAUGUCACACUAUCCGAUGGCACUCGGGACGACUUCGAUAUCCUCAUCGGUGCCGAUGGUAUCGCCUCUGCCACGCGCAAACUCUUACUAGGCACUUCGUUUCCAGAUCUGCACCGCGAUCUUGGCGUCUACAUGGCCUACUUCACAGCGCCGUCUCGGGAGGAUGACACUUUCGAUUGGAGUGUAUGCCAUAUCCCAGGAGGCAAGGCUAUCAUGACCCGCAGGGACAAGCCAGAGAACAUCAGAGUAUACCUCGCCACCCGUGUUGGGUUCGCAGCCCUCGACGCGGCCAAGACACUUGCAGACCAAAAGACGGCUCUGGUGGACCUGUUUAAAGGGACGCAAGGCUGGCAACUCGACAGGUUUCUAAACGACCUGGAGAACUCCUCAGAGGCCGACGAUUUGUAUUGCCAGCGCAUGAGCCAGAUCCGCCUACCAGAAGGCGGAUGGUCUAAGGGGCGGGUUGUCCUACUUGGUGAUGCGGCGUUCUGUCCGGGAGCCAUUGGAGGUGGAGUGGGAACAACGGCUGCGCUGAUUGGAGCUUAUGUGCUGGCGGGAGAGAUUGAGAAACAAUGGAAGAAAAACGGACAAACGUCUGACAAAUUCAACGCCGAGGAGGCAGCAAAGGAGUAUGAGCGCGUUCUGAGGCCAUUCAUCACAAGCAAGUCUGAAAUGUCUACUUGGAUGGUCAGACUCUGGCUCCCCGAGUCGAAUUUCGGGGUCAAGACUUUACAAGCCAUUGCAGGAUAUGCAGCAGGAGCCCAAAUUAGCAAGUACUCAGGCAAGUCGCAGAAACCGGACGAGUCACGAAAACUCGAGUACCCCGACUAUUUUGGACUAAAGCCAGGGUUGUGA